CUUUUCUCUAACCAACAACUGAUUCCUCUCUCUUUCUCUCUCUCUCAUUCUCUGUUGAAUUUUCUGUUUUGGGGUUUUUUCUUUUUUUUUCUCUGCAAGAAUCUCCAUGGGAGGAGCUUAACUAUAAGAAAAUAGAAAAAGAAGUGAAAGAUUUGAUUGUUUGUGAGUUUCUGACAAAUGGGGAAGUACAUAAGGAAGACAAGAAAAACAGAGGAUGUAUCACCUCUUGGUGUUCUUACAAGGGCUAAAGCUUUAGCUCUUAACGGCGGUGAUGGUGGGUCGUAUCUAGAGCUUAGGAGUAGGAGGCUGGUCAAACCCUUUACGGUUCUUGAAGGGAGAAGACAGAAGAAUGGUGUUCCCAAAAAUCCCAAUUUGGUAAACCCUAACCCUAAUCAACAAAUCCCUAAUGUUUGUGUGAAUUCUGAAGAGGGAAAGGGUGUUAAGGAAAUGGAAAAUCAGAAGGAGAAGGAGAAGAGCUGCUUGGGUCCUGAAGAUUCAUUUGGAGAAAACUUGCUGGAAUUUGAAGGUAGAAAAAGGACCACCAGGGAGAGCACACCUUGCAGUUUGAUAAGGGAUUCAGACAACAUUCAGACCCCUGGUUCCAGUACUAGGCGUACUAAUGCAAAUGAGGCCAACGGCAGAGUACCAAACUCGAUUCAACCAACUAUCCCAACAGAUCUUGAAAUGGAAGAGUUUUUUACCCGUGCAGAAAAGGAGCAGCAGAGAAAAUUCAUCGAGAAGUACAACUUUGAUCCAGUGAACGAGAAGCCCCUUCCCGGACGUUACGAAUGGGUGAAAGUAAACCAUUAGACAUGGACAUAAAGGAGAGGGGAGGUUACAAAUUACAACAUUCCGUCGGCCUCGUUUCAUCUCUAGACUUUAGACAAAGAUAGGAAACCAUAGCAUGUAAGUUUUAGUUUUACAACUGGUGUUGUGAGUGGUGAAACCUCUAUUUCCCCUCACUCUCUGACUUGUAAAGUCUUUUAGAAGGUUAGACUAAUAUGAUCUGUGU